GGUCAAGUAAAAAUACAUUUUUUAUCAGUGUAAACAAUGUUUUGAGGUGAAUGUUUUUAUGACUACUCGUAGUACUAGUGUAUAUGUACCAUAUAUCCAAUUUAUGAUAAUAUAAUAAAAUGAGUAUCAUGUUAAGACGAAGUUUUCUAUCUGGAUUGAACAAAUGGAUAAACAGCGCAUACUGCUCUUCUGCAUGGAAUAUCACUGAAACCAAAUUAUCAAAGAACUAUGGUCAUAAUGUUCGAAAGCUUGGAACUGCUACGGCUGCCACCUCAGACUUUGUCAAACCGGACAUGUUUUGUUUCCAGUGCGAGCAGACCAAAAGCCGGAAAGGCUGUGUCACCGUAGGAGUAUGUGGUAAGACGUCACAGGUAUCCGCACUACAAGAUCUACUCAUGUAUGCUGUGCAGGGGUUAUCUAUGUAUGCCAAUAGAGCUAUUAAAUCAGGCAUCACUAUGUCUAAAGAAUGUGACCUAUUUAUACAGCAAGCUAUGUUUAGCACAUUGACAAAUGUGAACUUUGAUCAGGAUCGAUUUCCGGAAUAUAUCAAAACUGCAAUCAGCCAUCGCGAUGCCAUCAAGAAAGUUAUGGAAGAAAAAACACCACAACCACUUGACGAAAAACUCAAGCAUGGUCCUGCUAGCUGGGUUCCAGAAUCUUAUGAUCUGAAAUAUUUAGAAGACGAAGGUCUGAAAGUUGGUGUAUUAGAAAACCAGAGUAUUUAUGGACCAGACGUAAAUGGUGUACGUUACAUGACCAUUUAUGGAAUUAAAGGAUUAUCUGCAUACGCAUGUCAUGCUAAUGCGCUUGGAGAAGAAGAUCCCGAGGUUGCCACUUCCUUAUACGAGGUAUUGGACUUUUUGACAAGUGGAACGGAAGAAGAACGUCAUGAUCUGACUACGAAUCUCAAACUAGCUCUGAAAGUAGGGGAAAUAAAUCUCCGAGUGAUGGAGCUUUUAGAUAAAGGUCACCGGAAGCAGCUUGGUGUACCAUCUCCCUCUGAAGUUAAUAGAGCACCAGUCGCUGGAAAGUGUAUACUGGUUUCAGGACAUGACCUGAUGGAUCUAUAUGCAAUACUGAAGCAGGCUGAAAAAGAAGGAAUAAAUGUGUACACUCACGGAGAGAUGUUACCAGCACACAGCUAUCCUAUAUUGAGAGAGUUCAAGAGCCUGGUUGGUCAGUUUGGUAGUGCAUGGCAGAACCAGAAGAUUGAAUUUGGAACUUUUCCAGGACCAGUUGUCAUAACAACUAACUGUGUUAUCGAGCCUUUGAAGUCUUACAGAGAUAGACUGUAUACUUUGAACGAGACAGGAAUCCAUGGAGUUAAACAUAUCAAUCUGGAAAAUAAAGAGGACAUGUCACAGUUGAUAAAACAUGCCAAAUCACUUCCAGGAUUCGACGAGAAAACAAUUCAGAAGUUUGAUAAAAACACAUUUACUGUCGGCUUUGGGAGAGAGGUGAUCUUAGAAAAUGCAGAUAAAGUUCUUCAAGCAGUAGCCGAUGGAGAUUUGACGAGAAUAUUUGUCAUUGGUGGAUGUGACGGUUCGGAGCACAAACGUAACUAUUUCAAAACGUUGGCACACUCAUUGCCCCCACAAACUCUUAUACUUACUAUGGGUUGCGCUAAAUAUAGAAUCAACGAUAAAGACUAUGGAACUCUUGGAAAUACUGGAAUUCCCCGACUUCUUGACCUUGGACAGUGUAAUGACAGUUAUGGUGCAAUAAUGGUUGCACAGGCACUGGCGUCGGCACUCAAUACUGACAUUAACAGUUUGCCUCUCUCUUUAUCAUUGUCAUGGUUUGAACAGAAAGCAGUGGCGGUUCUUUUAAGUUUAUUGAGUCUUGGCAUCAAGAAUAUAAGAUUAGGUCCAGUAAUGCCGGCUUUUCUGACACCCGCUGUCAGACAAGCACUUCAGGAUCAAUAUGGAAUAAUGCCUGUCGAUAUUAGACACCCAUUGGAAGACAUGGAAGAUAUGAUGUAACAUUUAAACAAAAAACAAAAGACCACAUGACCGGCACAGAUAACCAACUAUUACAGCUCUUUUGAUAUGUAUAGGGCAAUAUCAUUUCAUUAAUUUUCACCUUGAAUUAAAUCAUGAACCAUUUAGCCUAAAGUCUGUUCUCAUUCAAGAGAGAAGCAUUUUGUUAUAGAUAUAGAUGAUUUUUUUAUAUAUAUAUAUUGUAGCAUAAUAGCAUUUAUAA